ACACUGACAUUCGUUUUUCAUUGUCGCAGGGAAAAAGUAUUGUACAGGGAUUUUUACGGCGACCGUGGUAAACAAAAAAUAUAUUUUUUAUUUCGGAAACUUUAAUGUGUUUCUGUUGUUUGAGUGUUAAAAAAAGCAUAUAUAGAUAGCGCUCAAGCACUAUUUCUGUCUGCUGCUACCAGGAGGGUUCAAAAGUCAUACGGUGUGGUAUAGUAACGACAACAAAAAUGUUUGAGAUACGUAACAAAAACACUAUGGUCUUUAGUUCCAUGGUUAAAACUGUGCGACAUAGUGUAGUAGGUACCCAUCCUUCUUGUCAUGUACCAGCACGUCUGGAAGAGCGACGUGCUAAAGCGCGGGCCUUACGCCAAGAACGACGCCGAAAACCCGACAAACCUGACGAUUUCGUUACUUACGACGAUUCUGGUAGUGAUGAAGAGACUCCACAGCAACAAGAAGAGGUGUUGAAUACCUCAUUCAAUCUAUGCGAUUAUUUACGUAGCAGAGAGACAGGCUUAAAAGAGCAACGCAGUUUUAACUUUGAGAAUACUAGCCGCUAUGUGUUGACGCAUGAUAUGCUACGAGAAACGCAGAUACAUUUAGGUUAUAUCAAUAAGGUGUUUUGCUCCAAAUGGUUAAGUAAUCGUCAAGUUGUUUUUGGGACCAAGUGCAAUAAAUUACUGGUCUACGAUGUAAAUAUGCGCCGUGUGGAUGCGAUUCCAACGCUUUCCAAUAAUCGUGCAAAUCACCCUGAGGUCCAAGGUGGUUUGCAUGCUAUCGAAAUCAAUCCAAGUCGAUCAUUCCUCGCCACAGGCGCACGCAACUCGGCGGAUAUAGCAGUUUAUCGCUUGCCGACACUAGACCCAGUUUGUGUGGGAGAAAACGGACAUCGGGAUUUAAUAAUGGGCAUGUGUUGGUUAGAUGAUCAAUUUUUGGUGUCUGGUUCUAAAGAUUCACGUCUGUCAUUAUGGCGUAUAAACGAAGAUCUCAUGGAUUUUCCGGAUGGCGGUAAGGAAGCAUGCCCUACCUUCGCCACCAUUAAUCCAUUAUGUGUAAAAGACGUACGCACAGCACAAAGGAUUCGUUCACUGUGUUUCAACAAAGAAUUUAAAGAAAUUGCAGCUCUUUCUCUCAACGGUUAUAUACAUAUUUUCAAUGCUGAAACAUUCAAACAAAAGUUAUCACGUAAACUGCCGAAUUGCCAGGAUAAUGUGAGCAUAGCUUAUCAUAGUGAUGGGCUCUAUGCUGUCGGCUGUCGCUCAUACACCAUUCUGCUAGACGCACGAACACUACAGACAAUCAAGAAGAUCACUUCACGUUACAAUGGAUGUGGCAUACGUGCUACCACAUUCGAAGGCAAUCUCCUAACAGUUGGUACCGGUUUGGGUAUGCUGUUAUUCUAUGAUAUACGUGCUGGUAAAUAUUUGGAAAGCAGCGUCAAUGCUUCACGAACAGUGGCGCUCAAAUGUAGUAAAGGUAUUGUGUAUCCUGAAGAUGAAAUGGAUGGCUUCCAACAAGUGAAAUAUGUGCCAGCUAUUUAUACACAUUGUUACGAUAGCACAGGAAUGCGACUAUUUGCUGCUGGUGGUCCCCUGCCUGCUACGCUUGUCGGCAAUUAUGCAGGUGUUUGGCAGUAAUUCCGUAAAGCAAGCAAAAUAUUUAGCUGUAACUUAGCUUAAAUGUUCAGAUACUCGUAUCUGUGUGUGAUUUUUGGAAGUAUUUCCACAUUUAUUUUAGAUUAGAUUUUUAAGAUACGAUUUGCAACCACUAGGCCAAUAUUUUUUUAUUGUAGUCGAGUGUUUUACUUUCAGCAAUCAAUAAGCCUAAAUCCUAUUAUUUAGCAUUAAGUUUUCUUAAAAAGGCUCGGAUUAGUAAAAACUUUUGCUUAUAAAAAAUAAUAAAUAAAACUAUAUACAAUUUA